AUGAGGAGAUGCUUGGAGAGGCAAGAGAGAGAAACAAAUGAGAGAAGCUUUAGACGAGCUGAAAGGCAAAGGUUGCAAAGAGAAGAAGAUCAACAAGUUGUCAUAGCAGUGACUUUGCUUGAUGAAGAGAACCAAGGUCGCCGUUAUGGCCCGAAUGUGGACAGACAUAUGCAUUCUCGGGGCGAUAUAGAAUGCAACCUCAUUUGUUCAAUAAAGUCAUGCAUGAUAUUUGCAAUUAUGAUGCAUACUUUGUUCAAAAGUGCUGCUAGGGUUUUGGGACUUCUUCCGGAGCAAAAACUUACAGCUGUUAUACAAAUAUUGGCGUAUGGUUCAUCUGCUGAUCAGGUGAAUGAGAUUGCCCGGCUGGGGAAGUCCACUAUUGUCACGCCCUGGACCCGAGGGUCGGUGGAAAACCCCGCACCCGCCUCAACUGGUUUAGUCCUUGUCUUACCCACUAAUUCAUCUGAAAAAUUAAACAAGGUAAGGGAUGAGCAACCACCGUUCAGUGAGUAG